AUGGAACCGAUUCCAGAAGAAGAUCAUGAUUCAGUCGAUGUUAUGCAUAGUGAUAAUGUGGUUAAGCAUGAACGAAAAACUCGACUUACCGAAGUUUAUACGUCCGAACAAGUUGAUACUUUAGUCAGUACCGUACCUGAAUCCGCUGUACCUGAUUCGUGGAAAUUAGCCAACGAUGAAAUUAAUUUAGACCCAAGUAUGUCGUCCACUUAUAUAACUGAAGCUGUAGCCGGGCCAACAAGUUCACGUGGUUCCACUUAUAGUUAUACAUAUGAAUCACAUUUCGAUGAGACACCGGCAGAAGAAAUUAAACAUUAUGAUCAACAAAUGACUAAUGGAGAUGUCGAACGUCGUUCUAUGCAGACACAAAAGGUAGUUGAAGUAUCUCUGGGGAUGCUGUUUUCAGCGACUUGUCAAUUUUAUGCGGAUCUUGGCUCGAACCAUAACAUGAUAACUCGAGUUACUAAAGUAACAACAACAAGAUCAGUUCGGCAAAUGCCAAUUAAUCGGUUUGAUAAUGAAAUUUACUUUAAUGCUGAGGGGAGUCCUGUACCUGCCAAUGAAGCAUCAACAUCUUUUUAUGAAAAUGUUAACUAUAAGGAAUCUGAUUAUUUGGAUUCUGGAAUGAAUUUGCCUGAUAAUGAUCAGUUAUCAUCCAAGAUGCACAAAAAUUUGUAUGAUAUACCUCCUCCGGCACCAAGUUCUCAUUAUGGUUCUCGAGUAACUUCAUCCUUAUUACAUCAUGAUAAACUUAAUUGUCCUGGCAUGCCACAUGUGCAUAGACUGGAUUCUGGUGAAGUUGAAAUUUCGUGGGCACCUCCGGAAAAAGUUGGCCUUGAUGAACCUAUGAUGGGAUACCAGGUCGAAGUUCGGCAAAUUGGCACUUUAAAAUGGCGUAUUGUCGAAGAGAGAUUGUUUAAGGAGACUCGCUGUCGAAUAUCGGGUUUGGAUCCAAUGAUGGAAUACGAAUUUCGUGUACAGGCAGUAGAUUCAGCAGGCUAUUGUCAACCAUCUCUUCCAUCCGCAGUUGGUAAAUUGAAAUCAUCCAUAAAUAAAUGGGAAGGAGCAGCUCCAAGCAAGCCUUACAUAACUUUUAUGGAUACGGAUCGAGUUUUAUUAGAGUGGGAUCCAGCUGUGACCGAUCCAAAUUGUGCUCCGAUUGCAGGUUAUGAGGUAGAAUAUCGCGCUACCGGCAGUACUGAUUGGAUGCAGUCGAAUAAUUUUCUGAUAACUGAUUGCAAUUACGAAGUUCAAAAUUUGCGUCCAUAUGGUGAAUAUGAAUUUCGAGUAGUAGCACGAAAUGUAGAUGGUUUGUCUCAGCCAGGUUUAUCAUCUGGAAUCAUUCGAAUACGACCAACAGUUCCAUCUCGCAUGACUUCAUCACAGAGUAGAGUCGAUAUUAUUCCUCCGGGCCAGCCUCAGGUUAUUGAGCUUGAUGUGGAUUGGGUAAAAUUACAUUGGGCUGAAGCAAUGUGUAAUGAUAUUCCACCUGCUUCAUAUAUCGUCGAAUUUCGGGAAAUUGGUGAUCCUUUGUGGUACACUGCAAAUGCAACCGUCUGUGACACCACAUAUUUGGUAGAACGUUUGCGUCCUAAUUCGACUUUUGAAUUUCGUGUAAUUGCGCGAAUGCGUGAUGGUAGUGUUUCGAAACCUUCGAUUGUAUCUGAUGUAAUACAGUUGAGGCCUUCAAUGAGACUAGGAUUAUUACACAGUGCACCAUCUAAACCCCAACCGCCUGAAUAUGUAGAUUUCGAAGGCAACGAUCGUGUUACUCUUUGUUGGUAUCCAGCAGUUAGUUCGCUGCCAAUUUUGGUAUGUUUUGGUAUUUUAUUAUAUGAUUUUAAAUAA